AAAAAAAACCACAAAAACCUUGCGAAUUUUUUUUUUUCAGAAAUUAGUUUUAAGAACAAAACAUUGUAAAGUUUUUGUAAACCAGAAACUCAUAGCUUUUGGGAAUUUAUAUGAAUCCAUUUCUUUGUUAAUAUGGUUUUAUCUACUCCAAACAUGUAUGCAGCUGCAAGUUGAAUAUUACCUCUCACAAAUGAAGGGUCUAUUAAAAGGGUUGAGGUACAUUACUCGUAUCUUCGAGGAUGAGAAGGAACCAGAGAUGCAGAUUGGGAUACCGACCGAUGUAAAACAUGUCGCUCAUAUAGGAUGGGAAGGUCCUUCUGCAACCACACCAAGCUGGAUGCAUGAUUUCAAGUCACAAGACCGCACUAAGACUGAGACGAAAGGAAGCUCUAACAAGAAACCUGGGAGUUCAGGGGAGAAGCAUAGAAACAAGGCGAGACGUAAAACAUCUACAGGAAACAACUCACCUUCAGAAUCUCCAUCAAGGGCAGGAGGAUCAAUGAGGCCAUCAAGACGUAGUACGGGUAAACAGAGAGAACAGAACAUGGGUUCAGGGUCAGAGUCAGGUUCAGGGUUAGAGUUACCUCAACAGACAGAUCAGACUAUCGGACCAAAAUCUUCGAGACAGAGGAAGUCAAAAGGAUCAGCAGGAGGAGAAGGAGGAGGAGGAGGUGAACCUCCUCAAGCCAUUGGACCUGAAAAGUCGAAAGAAACAGAUAUAUCCGUGAGAGCGGUUUACCCUUAUGCGGGUCUUGGAAGUUCUACAGGAAGAUGAAAGAUGAAGAGAGGAAAACAAAGAAAAGAGUGUUAUAUAUUCAAGUUUAGACUAGAGUGGUGGUUUUGCUUUUCUUCUCAUGAUCUACACACUUUUUUGUCUUUUUCUCUACCUUUUGUUUGGA